AUGUUUUCCUUACCGUUCGAGCAAAUGUUAAAUGCGCUCAUAGAAAGAAAGUCCAUUGGUGCACAGCCGGGGAUCGAAUCUACGACCUCAGGUCCCAUAUGCGGAGGGCAGUGCUGCGGUCGAGGGAGAGAGACCCACUUAACAUCAACUCUCAGACAAAAUGCCGAAGAUAAAAUAGCAGCUGCCACCAGGCCUAUUGCUGAGCUUUUGCUGGCCACCAGGAGGACAUUGCAAGAGCACCUAACAGCCCUGUCGCACCAGUCACAGAACAAGACAGCAGCACUCUUGUCCCAACUGUAUAGAGGCCACGCCACGAGGGCUCAUACUCCCUUAGCGACCCUAUACGAUGACAUAAGGACUUUACUUCGAUCCAAUCUAGAGACUGAAGAUGCCGUUGACCUGGGCUCCCCGCCGCCCAAAGAAAUGGCGCAGAGUACGAAGAAAUUCUUCAGAGAAGUAUUUCCCGUGGCGUAUCAAAACGUACUAAGACUAGACACGAAGCAAUUCACGACCGCCUAUGAGGCGUGUUUGAAGGACGCAUAUGAUGCUGUCCAGCCUUUUGGAGACGUCCCCGAACAGUUGGGGUCAUCGCUAGCCAAGUCUUUGGAGGCUGCGCGUGCGCUCCUACAAGUGCUCGGUGUCGGUGCGGGCGCUCUGGGCGGUGCUGAGCGGGCGGUGAAGGGCGCCGCCCACAAUCACUAUGGUCGGUUGCUGUUGAAGAUGGGCGGCUGCUCGCGAUGUCAAGGCUAUGACGUCAGCCCUUGCAAGAACUAUUGUCUCAAUGUCGCUAGAGGAUGUAUUGGGUCGAUAAUAUCAGAGCUGGAUGCUCCAUGGGCUAGUUACGUGGAAGGCGUGGAAAGGCUGGCAAGAGCAGACGCAGACGCCGCUCUCAGGGCGCUGGACGCCAGGGUGUCUGAAGCCAUCAUGCAUGCUUUAGAGAACCAUGUCAUAUUGGAAAAAAAGGUGCGUCAAGAAUGCGGUCCGCCAUCUACCCUUGAGAGCACGAACCUGCCUCCUCCCUCUCCCACGGGGGCAUCUAGAAGGGACGCGCUGCGGGCUCCGCCACCAGACACGGAACUGCUCCAGUUUGCAGCAACGCUCGCCGCUACGAAGAAGCUGUUCGCCAGUAUGUCUGACAGACUCUGCGAUGACCCAGACUUUGCCACUGAUGGAAAUGAGAAUUGCUGGAAUGGGGAUACUGUUGGAGAGUACACCAAAGCGCUUGUGGCAUCUGCUUCAAUGAGUGAUCAGAAAUACAAUCCCGAAAUGACGGAGACUGCUUCCAACCCUGAAGUGGCCAUUCUUGGCGAGAGAUUACGUCAGGCAAGACAGUUACUUGUUUCGCACUCUUGGAGCGGAAACCUACCAGCAGCUGAGGCCUUCAUGCAAGGAGAUGAAGCUGGAGACGAAGGUUCGGGCUCUGGUCGUCUCUACACUGAUGACGACGCCGCAUAUGAUGCUGAGGGUUCUGGAGAAGAAGGAUCUGGGACUCCUGAUAUUGUGAGUCGAACGAUUACCGGAGAAGAAACAACAUACUCAGCACCUCCAAAGAUAAGUGGAGCCUCCACCAGAUCCGUCUGCGGGUUCAUGGUUGCUAUACUCGUGUCCGCAGUCGUCAGCGUAUAA